AGUGUUGAAGCACCCUUACAUGAGGUAAACUCUCAAAGGGCACAUUACAGUACGCUGACAAACAUACUGGCAUUGUUCUCCACUUGAAACAGGUGGUUUAGGGGAUUUGGGGAGGAAUACAAAAGGAUAAUACAAAAGCAAGGAAUAAAAGACAAAUUAUUCAACGUGCCAAGGAUUUUAAGUUGGAGCUCCACACAGUUUGAGGAAGAUAUCUGGAAACAUCUGGAGUUAGACACAAGUGGGCCAAACAAACAAACAAAGAAUGUUUGAUGGAUUAAAAAGUGCCCCAGAAUUGUGGAUUAAAGAAUGAAAGAUUGAGAGGUGGACUGCAGAUCAUUUUUCCACUGAGGAUCUUGUUCCUUGCGUGGGACCAGGUUGUUUGCCAGCCAACUUUGAGGCACGGCAGGUGUGGUGUUUUCUUCCCUCAUCCUUCUGAAGACCGAUUAGACUGAAAACAGGUCUGAUUAUUUGGUUCUCUUCUCAAAUUUCAAUGACUACCAACCCUGCCCUUUAACUUAACCACUGUCAACCUCCUUCAAAUGUACUUCUUUAAAGGGAGCCAUUUCUAAGACCAACGCUGUUUGUUUUUCAUCAGGACAUUAAAAAAGUUGUAAUUAUACCCUCGCUUUCAUUUUUGUGUUCUGCUGUGUGUCGCAUGAGUAGAGUCGUGUUAUGGUAGAAGAGAGAAGACACGCGGUGGUUGGGAGACUAAAGUAGUAGAAAGGGCAGAGGAAGGAAGAAGAGGGGAGAUAAACAGAGGGAAUUAAAGAGUAAACCUCUCUGUGUCUACCGUUGAUCUAAACAGCUCCCGUCACAAAUCACAGCGGUGCCUUUUGUUAGUGACGGAUCUGUGAUACUCGUAAGACAGUUUGGCCUACACAGACAGACGGUACAUGCAGAUAGUCUGAGACAUACAGUAACAGUCCCUCUGUGGUGUGUCAGUGCUCUGCAACGCACACCAAAGUACAAUCUGCUCUUGUGUGGAUUGAAGGCCAAAAGAACAUAGACCAACCAAAGACUUGUUAGUUAGAAAAAUAUAUAUAUAAAAGCACCCGGGUAGAACUUCUUCCACGAUGUCAUCAGACACCUUGAAAGAUCUCUCCCAAACCACGGAGAGCUUGGACAGACCGGACGCCUCCAGAACGUACAUCUACACCCACGCCUGCCCAUGCACGGGAAGAAGACGCAUCCGUGGCAACAACAACAGCACCUACAGACACCCUCUCCAUCUCCCGCUCUUCCCUGUGGCUCUCAUCCUCGUCCCUUUGCUGCUCUGUCUCUGGGGCCACCAGGCCCAAGGAGUCGUCCACUCCAGCUUCCGCCGCCUCAGCAGCCGAGAGAAGAAAGAGAUGCAGAGGGAGAUCCUGUCCAUCCUGGGUCUACCGGGCCGGCCCAGACCCCAUCCUCCCCUCCGACCGCCCUCCUCAGCCCCCCUCUUCAUGCUGGACCUGUACCACGCUGUGUCGGCCGAGGGGGAUGAGGGAAACGGAAUAGGGAAUGAGGUAGGGGGACUGGGGUUCGGCGGUCUGGAUGGGUUGACGGGCCACGUCAGCCAUGCCGCACUGCCCACUCUCAGCACACACACGCCGCCGCUGGGUACGGUGGUCAGCGAGGCCGAUACGGUCAUGAGCUUCGUUAAUCUGGUGGAGCAGGAGCGGGACCUGCUGCAGCCACGGCCGUACUGGAAGGAGUUCCGUUUUGACCUGACGCCCCUCCCCCAGGGGGAGACGGUCACGGCUGCAGAGUUCCGCAUUUAUAAGAGCCUGACCAUGGGCCAGAGGGCCAACCGGACCCUGCACAUCUCCGUCUACGAGAUCCAACGGGAGAACAAACACAGAGAGCCAGAGCUGGUGCUGCUGGACAUGCAGUCAGUGCCCGCGGGGCAGGAGGGCUGGCUGGCUUUUGACGUGACCUCUGCCAGCAACCGUUGGCUCCUGCACCCCCGCAGCAACCUGGGCAUUCGUCUCUAUGUGGAGACAGAGGAUGACCGGUCCUUGUCAGCUGGGUGGGUAGGCUUGGUGGGUCGAAGGGGCCCCCGCUCCAAACAGCCCUUCAUGGUGACCUUCUUCAGAGCCAGCCAGGUCCCCUGUCGCCCCCCACGCGCCCUGAAACCCAACCCCCGCAAGAGGAAGCCCAAAUAUGACCUGCCCCUUCCCAGUAUACAUGGUGAGGUCCUACAAGACCACAGCCAUGUCAACAGUGGGCGUCAGGCUUGUAAGAGACAUGAAUUAUAUGUGAGCUUUAGUGACCUAGGCUGGAAGGACUGGGUCCUGGCUCCUACUGGUUACUCUGCCUUCUACUGUGAUGGAGAAUGCCUAUACCCUCUAGGUUCCUGCAUGAACGCCACCAACCACGCUAUGAUCCAACUAGUGGUUCACCUUUUGAAGCCGGAUGAGGUUCCCAAAGCGUGCUGCGCACCCACCAAGCUCAGUCCCAUCUCUGUACUCUUCUACGACGACAACAACAAUGUGAUCCUAAAGAAGCAUCGCAACAUGGUGGUCAAGACCUGUGGAUGCCUGUAACAUCUGUGGUGGCCCAUCUAUUCUACAUCAUUUUAAUAAACUUCACUACCAUUGUUCCAAAAGAUACAAACAGGGUUGAUAGCAAUAAUCUGGCAAUAUGCGGAAAAAUAGUAUGUAUCUACACUGAACAUAAAUAUAAACUCAACAUGCUACAAUUUCAACGAUUUUACUGAGUUAUAGUUCAUAUAAGGAAAUCAGUCAAUUAAAAUAUGUUCUUUAGGCCCUAAUCUAUGGAUUUCACAUGACUGGGAAUACAGAUGUGCAUCUGUUGGUAACAGAUACCUUUUUAAAUGAAGAUAGGAGCGUGGAUCAGAAAACCAGUCAGUAUCUGGUGUGACCACCAUUUGCCUCAUGCAGCGGGACACAUUUAAUUUAAUGUUUUUGUUAUUUUUUAUUUAACUAGCCAAGUCAUUUGAGAAAAAAUUCUUAUUUACAAUGUCGGCCUACCCCGACGACGCUGGGCCAAUUGUGCACCGCCCUAUGGGACUCCCAAUCAUGACCGGAUAUCAUGCAGCCUGGAUUCCAACCAGGGACUGCAGUGAUGCCUCUUGCACUGAGAUAGAGUAACUUAGACUGCUGCGCCAUUCGGGAGCCCACAUCUCCCUAGCAUAGUUGAUCAGGCUGUUGAUUGAGGCCUGUGGAAUGUUGUCCCACUCGUCUUCGAUGGUUUUUAAAAGUUACUGGAACGCGCUGUCGUGCACGUCGAUCCAGAGCAUCCCAAACAUGCUUGUGAGUAUGCAGGACACGGAAGAUUUGGCACAUUUUCAGCACCCAGGAAUUGUGUACAGAUCCUUGCGAAAUGGGACCGCGCAUUAACAUGCUGAAAUAUGAGGUGAUGGCAGAGGAUUACUGGCACAGCAAUGGGCCUCAGGAUCUCAUAGAGGUAUCUCUGUGCAUUCAAAUUGCCAUCGAUAAAAUGCAAUUAUUCGUUGUCCGGAGCUUAUGCCUGCCUAUACCGUAACCCCAGUGCCACCAUGGGGCACUCUGUUCACAACAUUGACAUCAGCAAACCGCUCGCCCACGCGACGCUGGAUUGAUCCUUAAGGAGCACACUUCUUCAGCGUGCCAGUGGCCAUCGAAGGUGAGUAUUUUGCCAACUGAAGUCAAUUAUGAUGCCGAACUGCAGUAAGACCCUGGUCAGUACGACAAGCACGCAGAUGGCCUUCCCUGUGAAGGUUUCUUACAGUUUGUGCAGAAAUUCUUCAGUUGUGCAAUCACACAGUUGCGUCGGCUAUCCAUGUGUCUGAUCUCAGACGAUCCCACAGGUGAAUAGCCGGAUGUGGAGGUCCUGGACUGGCGUGGGUUACACGUGGUCUGAGGUUGUGAGGCCGGUUGGAUAUACAGCCAAAUUCUCUAAAACGACAUGGUAGAGAAAGGAAUAUUAAAUUCUCUUGCAACAGCUCUGGUGGCCAUUCCUGCAGUCAGCAGAUGAAUGGAUUAUCUUGGCAAAGGAGAAAUGCUCACUAACAGGGAUGUAAACAAAUUGGUGCACAAGAUUAGAAAGAAAUGCGCUUUUUGUACAUAUGGAACAUUUCUGGGAUCUUUUAUUUCAGUUCAUGAAACAUGGGACCAACACUUUAUAUGUGGUGUUUAUAUUUUUGUUCAGUAUAAUAUAUUGACUUUUGAGUAUGAGAAUGGUAUAUGAAUAACACACAUUACCUCUUUCAUAACGACGGAUCUUCUCAUUCGACUUAUAACCCUACUUCACUCUUAAACUAUUCACAUCUACAGUAAUUCAGAUAAUUACAUCACCCUUUAUCAUAUAUUAUAUGUAUCCAAUCAAAGCUGUAAAGUACUGUGACAUGUACAAUGCUACAUUUCGAUGACUGUUGUCUUGUUGAACCAAGAAUUUCUCAGUCUAUUUUAGAUGUACUACACAUGGUUCAAUUAAAACUCUAAAUAUAUGGACCAUAAGUGUGCAUUUCUUUAGUUCUACCUGUAACCAGUACAAGUUAGUAGCAAUGGAAAAUGUCCAAUUCAAUUUUUUUGUCAUUUUUCUAUGUAGAGAGGAUCCAAUACACAGGAAUGUGUCAUUGUCAACAUAUUUAUGGAGGACUGUGUACUGCUAUAUUUGUAAUAAAAUAAGUAGAAUAUA